AUGCAUCCAACCACCAUCCUCCUCUCAGCCCUAACCCUCCUCACCCCAACCACCGCAACCCUCUUCACCCUCCUAGCCUCCCAACCCGGGAACCCCCUCAAUGGCAAACCCAUAAACGCAGCAGGCGGCUCCUUCUACAUCGGCCUCCCCCUCCCAUCAACAUACUGUCCACCCGAAAACAAACCCAACUGUCCAACCGGCUUCGCCACAGUCUUCGCCAACACCCCAGAUACCCUCUGGGUCGAAGUCCCCGGCGGCCAGUCCACCUACAUCCUCCCCACGGGCGAAAUCCGCUACGCCGCCGCACACUCCACCUUCGUCCCGCCGGGCGCCUACCAAGGCGGCUGGCUCAACGUCACCGUCUUCGAUCUCGAGCCGCAGCCCAUCAAGCUCGCUGGGUGGUUUCCGUGGCCGGCGCCGGGCCAGGGCGGCAUCACCGCGUGUCCGACGCCCAGCGAGGGCGUGUAUCUGAUUAACGCGAAGACCCCCGGGUUUACGAGGACGGAUUGUGUGGAUUUGUUGGGGCUGAAGCCGGCGAUGCAGGUUGAGGGGGAGUUUGGGGCGUGGAGUUAUACGUAG